ACAACAAACACAUGUGCUACAGAUGGCUACAGAUCAAGAACUUCCUCUUGCUACAGAUUAACAGAAGAGAGAAGCACAGCCACAAUUUAACAUCAAAAUCAAGAGGCUGGGUAAAGGAGCAGAGCAGAGGCAGAUAGCCAUAGCCACUACUUAUAGUUUUAUUUGCGAUUGUAUUUUAUUCUUUGGUGUUCUGUCCUUGCUUACAUACGUUGCAUCCUGAAGGGUUUUAUUUGAUAAUUCCCUGCCUGCCGGUCGGUCGUCGGUCUGUUUUGUGGCUACUAAGACAAGAUAGGGAAUCUAGGCUUCCUUUGGAGAUGGACGCGAUGGAGCAGUUGGAGCAACUCAUGGAGGUUAUCAUGGAGCAAUUUUUUGAAGUUGGUUGCAAGAGGUCAAUAAUGCGAAAUUUACGGCCCCUGAAGGAACUUUCUCUAAUGACAAUAAGAAACAGUGCUUCAGUGAAGACUUCUGCAGUUCCAUAUCAGCACUUGUCGCCAUCCCUGCGGCUUGAUAUUUUGAAAUACCUGGAGUCCCAAGGGGAAUGUGACAAGCUGCUUAGUCAGGAAAUGAGACUCUGGAUUUUUGAGUUGCUUAACCGCCUCCUCGAUGCGUCUAUUAAGGAAUUCGACUUCAUCGUGUUCUCUCAAUGCAAAACCUCAGAUUAUCCCCGUGAUUGUCAAGUGUGGGAAAUGCUUAUUGAGCGGUGCCCAAAUUUAGUUAGGGUUGCCGACUCUCGGAAGGUGGCCAUUUUAACUCGAGACGAAGAUGGAGCAAUAGUGAGGAGCUUAUAUGAUCAAAGCAUCGAACAAAUUAAUUUGUUCAUAUUCCAAUAUGUGCCUUUCCUGCUCAAAUUUCCCAAGCUCAUGCAUAUCGAAUUAGGAUGGUAUAUUAUGGAUGAGAAUUCUAUGGCAACAAUUGCAGAAACAUUUCCCAACCUUCAAACUCUUUGCUUUGCUAUCGACUUCGUCACUUUUAACCUGCUCAAGAGUUUGUUUACCCUGCAGAAGCUAGAAAUACUUAAAAUCAACUGGGACCACUAUUCGAGCUCAACUAAUGAGUCAUUGGAGUUGAAGCAGUUUGAGCAGAGUCGCAUGAUGUUUGAAUGCCUCAUACACCUACCACUGUUGAGAAUUUGCUGUUCGGACAAUACAGAUGACACAAUACGCCAUGGAGUUCUUAAAUUUUGCUCUGGAGGGGGAACUUUAAACUUAGAGACUCUAAGAACUAAAGGCUUUUUUGACUUCAAACUCGUUCCGUCUUUAGUAAACUUAAGAAUCGACGAGCCUCUUUUCUUCAAAAGUUUUAGCAGUCUAGACUGUCUACACCACCUGAGAGUGCUACACUUGCAUAAGGUGGUGAGUUUUGUAAAUCUGUCAGAAGUGCUCUCUGACUGUGGUAGUCGCCUUGAGGAACUGACCAUUAAUUCAUGUCCAGAACGAACUGUAAAUGUGGAUCCCUUUGUACUUUUUUCUCUCUGCCCUCGACUGAAAAAACUCAGUCUCUUAUUAGUAAACUUGGACCUAUCUGAGGUUGAAAAAUCCAGUGCACUUGUAAAUGAAAGCCAUUUCAGUCGCAUGGAAAGUUUCCAGUUCAUUAGUGUCUUCAGCACCUUUCCAUCCGAAUUAAUAUUCCACAUUCUGUUGGCUCCUAAUCUAAAGUACUUUCAUGUGAACAAUUUAAACAUAAUAUCUUCUAUAUCAUUUGCACAUUUGUUGGUCAAACUGGUCCAUGGGCAUGCCUUGCAGAAGUUGAAGACAUUUGAAUUUGGUUGCCAAGUUGAAGGACCUUACAACAGUCUAAUUGUGUUCCUCAGCCUCCUUCCAGUUUAUGCACCAAGACUUGCGUUGCUAAAAUGUUGUUCAGCUGAAGCAGAGCUUAAAACGAAGCUUCUUAACUCCCUACUUACGAUAACAAUUCCUGAUUUUUUAUUUGAAUGUCCUCCAUAAUCAAGGUGAGCAGGAAUGAAAAAUGUAAUGUUUGAUGCCAUAUUACUAUUUUCUAUUAUAAUCGAGACCAUAAUUGUUGAAACCUUAAAUAAUUUUUCAAUAAAUUGCAAAAAAAAAUUAUUAUGAACAUU